AUGGAAAUAGAGCUGAGAGAUGGGAACAUAAAAAAGGAAAGUGUAAGUAGGCCUUAUCCAUUUCCACCCAAAUUAGCAGCUUCCAUAAAAUGGUUACCAGUUACUCGGGAGCUGAGCUUCCAAAAAUUUAUUGAACAAUCUGACUUACUAGAAGAACUUAAAUAUGACUUCAAUGAAAAAGCUGAAUUGAGACACACUGAGACACAAAGGCCUUUUGUUUUUAACUAUUAUAAAAAUGUCUUUGAGAGGAACAGCAAGCGCUACCAGGCCCUUGGCUAUUUGCUUGAACAAUAUAUUUAUGAGCUUUUGGAGAAAGUAUGCAAAUUACAAAAAGUAUAUAUCCCACCAGAGGCUGAUAAAGAACCAAGAAGCUUCUUUUUCAUGAGUGAGAGAGCAUUAACAAGUCAUCGUUCUGUUCUUCUUGUUCUUCUUCAAGACCAAGGAGUCUUUAGAGCUGGUCAGUGGAGUCAGCAGGCAAUAAUACAUCAUGGUCUCCAACAUGGAAGUCAGAUACCAUGUAUUCAAAUGGCAUUGCAGGCACAUUAUGAUGUAAUUGUGCUAAACCCGAAUGACAAUUUCAUCGACCUAAACAUGGAAGAAGAGCGGAAAGGCCUUUUAACCCAAACUAAGGAGUCAUCUUCCCUAAAAAUGGUUCCAGCAGAGAACUUUUUAUCUGUCCAGCAACCUCUCCAGUGCACCCCUAAAAGAUGCAGCAACACUCCUGAAGAACACAUGGCUUACAUUUGGGAUUACUUCAUUUCAAAGACUGAAGGCAAGGAUGUUGCCUUCAUUGUACAUGGUUAUGGAGGCUUGGUUUUUAUGGACUUACUUGUUCGUAAAAAGUGGGAAGUGAUGAACAAAGUAUAUGCUGUUGCCUUUAUUGACUCUGAACAUCAUGUAGGACACCAGCUGGGAAGUGAUGUUCAGUUAUUGGCCUGGAUAAAGCACCACUGCCGUGAAUGGGUGACAAGCCCUAAGCCUUUGGAUAAACCUGCUGCUACUGUUUUAAAACAGGAGUUUCCUAUGGUUUCUGCUGGUACAGAAAAACACAACUUAGCCCCUUCCUCUAGCCUUCAGUCAAUUUUUAAAUACUUUAAAAAAGCUUUGAAAGCCAAAACAACUAUUAAUUUUUCUCGAGUGCCAAUAACUAAAACCAGCUACAAGCACACCCUGUUAAGAGGCCGUGGGGAUGGCCUCAAGGCCAACUACCAGCUUUCUUCCCGACCGCGCUGUUUUUCAGACCAGAAGGCUUUCCCCUUGUAUCGGGACGUCAUCCGGAAGCGCCGGGAAGAGGGGGCGGGAUUUCCGGCUUCUGGAACGGAAAGGGACGGAAACUAA